CUCGGGCUGAAGCGGCGAUUCUUGGCUCUCACAGCGCUGUGGUCGGUGGUCACCCGUGCGCUGUCCCCAGGUCCAGUGAGCCAUUUCGCUGGUAUUGCUGCCCUUGUUGUCACCGCCGCCUCCAGCCCUGUAGGAUCAUGGUGUACUUCCGUCCCUCCCGGCUUUCAGGCUCCGGGCUUCUGCUGCUCUGUCUCGUCCUGGGAGCUGACCAGUCUCAUGCCUUGGAACUUAAUUUGACGGAUUCAUCAAAUGCUACUUGCCUUUAUGCAAAGUGGCAGAUGAAUUUCACAGUAACGUAUGAAACUACAAACAAAACUUAUAAAACGGUAAACAUUUCAGACCUUAGCAAUGUGACAUAUGAGGGAAGCACUUGUGGAGAUGACCAGAAUGGUCCCAGAAUAGCAAUGCAAUUUGGAUCUGGUUUUUCCUGGAUUGUAAACUUCACCAAACAUGCUCCUGAUUAUUUGAUUGAUACCAUCUCGUUUUCCUACAAUAUUCAUAAUCACACAACAUUUCCUGAUGCUGAACAUAAAGGAAUUAUUACCAUUGACAACCGUGUGGCAUUAAAUGUUCCAUUGAAUGACAUCUUUAGAUGCAAUAGUUUGUUAACUAUAGAAAAUAAUAAUGUCACUCAGCACAUUUGGAAUGUUCUUGUACAAGCUUUUGUCCAAAAUGGCACGGUGAGCACAAAAGAAUAUCUAUGUGAUGAAGACAAACAUGCCACAACAGUGGCACCCAUCAUUCACACCACUGUGCCAUCUCCUACUCCAACACCCACUCCAAAGGAAAAUCCCUAUGUGGGAAACUAUUCGGUUCGUGAUGGUAAUAGCACUUGUCUACUGGCUACCAUGGGGCUGCAGCUGAACAUCACUCAAGAUAAGGUUUCUUCAGUCAUUAACAUUAACCCCAAUUCAACUGGUGUCACUGGCAGCUGCCAUCCUCAGACUGCUCAGCUUAGGCUAAACAGCAGCAACAUUAAGUAUCUUGACUUCGUCUUUGCUGUCAAAAAUGAAAACCGAUUCUAUCUGAAGGAAGUGAAUGUCAGCUUGAAUUUGGCUAAUGGCUCUGUUUUCAGCAUUGCAAAUAACAACCUUAGCUACUGGGAUGCUCCUCUGGGAAGUUCUUAUAUGUGCCACAAAGAGCAGACUGUUUCAGUAUCUAGAACAUUUCAGAUAAAUACCUUUGAAUUAAGAGUUCAGCCUUUCAAUGUGAUGGAAGGAAAGUAUUCUACAGCCCAGGAAUGUUCGCUGGAUGAUGACACCAUUCUAAUACCAAUUAUAGUUGGUGCUGGUCUUUCAGGCUUGAUUAUCGUUAUAGUGAUUGCUUACCUAAUUGGCAGAAGAAAAAGUUAUGCUGGAUAUCAGACUCUGUAACACUAAUCCACAUGUGAUCUCUGUUAUCAAACAAUAAAGCAAGUACAAGUUCCAACCUGCAAUACUGUUCAAUUUAAGGUAUAUUUAGUUGUAGUCCUGCUCUUAGAAUGGGUGGUAUGAGAGAUUUUUGAACUUAAACAAAAAAAUCCUAUAAACUAUAAAUUAGCCAUGUGAUAUUGGUUUCCCAACCAAGGAAUAGUUAUUUCUAUAGUAAAAGACACAUGCAAAAUCACCUGUAUUAUAGGUUCUAUUUUACUGUCUUGAAUUAGAUUUCAGUGUUUUCACUUACGUAUAUCUGACUAGAAAUAUACAGCUUAGGAAAAACAAUUUUUGAAACGAUAUCUUUUCCUUGCAUGAGGUUGAGUUGGGACAACAUAUUCUAUAGUGGAUUUGUACUUGCUCCUUUUGCUUUUUUUUGUGAUUUCGUUUGCAGGUUAACUUAGCUACUUUGGCAUUGCUGCAUUAUUUGAUCCAUGAAAGAGAUGCUAGUAGAUUUGAACAGGGCCUAGUAUAUUAUGUUCUUACAAAUGAAUGCUUUUCUCAUGCUUUUUGAAUACAUUUGUACUUAAUGUGGCUGUAAUGACAAAAGACAUAAAAGCUUUUUCAAUUUUAGAAUAGGUGUUAAUCUUAUUGUUUAAUGCUUUUUUUUUUUUUCAAAAAACUGGACGUUUCAAUCUUUUAAAUUGCAAGAUGCAAGACUAUUCCAACUGGGCAUUUCAAUCUAUUUUUUAGGUGCUUUAAAGAUAAUUGCUAGGCAGUGCCAAUUGAGGGCAUUAGUCUUUUGUACCCGUAAAUUGGCCUCUACAUGUAGUACUAAAAUUAAUGUAGAUUUCUCUUUAACCUUCCAGUCUUCCUUGUUGGUGGUAAUGUAUUUUAUUCUUUUCUUUUUCUCAAAGAAGAAAUGCCAGUAUGUCCUAGAACCUAGAUCAAGUGCACUUACACUUAGAAAAUAACUUGUACUCAACCCAAAAGUCUUGGUCUUCCCUCAGUCUAUUAAAAAGUUAUUCAUUUCUAGUUUGCAUUGAUUGCUACAACAUUUAGUAAUUUGGCUUUUACAUUUAAAUGGUUCUGUGUUAAUCAAAACUUACAUUGUUAUUGUUCAUUAUGGUAGAAUCAUUAUUAAUUCAUAUACUUUGUAUUCAGUUUUGUGAUGGGAGAGAUGUACCAAUUGUCUAUUUACUGUGCAUCACCUAAUGCUUAUGUAAGAAAGCAAACUUUUUCAGCAUAUAUAGUUAACACAUCAAGUAUUCCUUGCAGAUUCUGCACGCACGUGCGUGAGCACGCUCACAUACACACACACACAACACACACACACACACACACAUUGGUAUGGCUGAGCAAAUUAUUUUUAAAAAUAUCAAUGUGCAGCCACAUGUGCAAGGUUCCUGUGGUUAUUUGGGGAGGGCAGAUUAUAUGCCUCCCCAUCAGUAGGAAAUGAAGAGCUAGUACUGGGGAUACUAUUCAAUGUUGGAGUGCCUGCCUGCAUGCACAGGGCCCUGGGUUCUACACACAGUACUGCAAAGACAAAAACUAUCUGGGUUCCAAAAUUUUGAUGUUGAAUACAUCAGUACAUACAUGCACGCAUAUAUAGAUAAUUGCAUGUUAGCAUGUUUAUGUCUGUAACUGUCAUUAGAAUGAUAAAUAAUUUCUCUCACUUAAAUUUGCUGUCUGUUUAGCCUGAAAAUCUUACUGGCUCAGAAUCAGAUUCCUGAUUGACUUAACCCCUCUCCUAGAGCUACUUUGAGCUGAAUUGCCAGCUUAAAUUGCUUCCUAAAGACUAAAUCUGAUUUUUAAAAAUUAUUUUUUUUAUUUGAAAUAUGUUUUAGUAUAAAAUUGUUAAUCUUAUAAGACUGGAUAAUACUUUUAAGAAUGUGGGCCUUAGAGAUUUUUCAUGAGUCAAAACAGCAGUUUUAAAAACAAAAGCAAAAACAAAAACUUAGAAGCACAAGUGGGUGGCAUUGGCUUAAUGCUGUUAAUGUUUCUAAAAGUUUCUACCUUUAGAUUAUAUAUCUGAUUCAUAUUAAAAUACCUCUAAUAAGCACUGUUUUAUAUAAAAUCUGACUUAAGUGAAUAUUUUUGUAUUCUACAUGGGCCAGUUUAUAUUCUGCUAUUUACACUAUGAUUUCCUAUAGCCACACGUUCUCUGUAUUUUUUGUAGUGUUGUUGUUUUGUUUUACUGAGUUUGCACCUUGAUGCUAAAAUUCUAUUUGGUUUGGGGUGUUUUUCAUGUUAAAGCAUUUGUAUAAAGAAACUGGUCCAUGUAAAUACUUUCCAUGUUUUUUUCCUCAAUGUUUAAACCACUAGUUAUUGUAUGGUAUCUCUCUUUAGAUAUUUGCCUGUUUGCUCAACAUUGCUUCUAAAACAAUAAAGAUUCUUUUAUUUCUUAAGUAAA